AUGGGCACAUCGACGCGCUCAACUAGAGCGGCGACAGCCGCAGCGUCUCUAGCACAAGUGCCAGCACCGGCGUCAGCGUCAGCAGCUCCAGCGUCGUCAUCAGCAUCCGCCCCACCACCUGCAGCAGCAGCAGCUGCUGCUGCUGGAAAGGCAAAAACGACCCAAGCGAGGUCGACACGCUCCUCCGGGCGACUCGCAGCAGCUGCUGCAUCUCCAGCUGCCGCCACCCCCCUUGUAUCAGCAACAGCAGCAACCGCAACAGCAGGAGCCACACCCAUAACCAAAGUUAAGGGCCGCGCCCCAAAGACACCGGCUUCCCAGCAGCAGCAGCAGCAUGGUGCGCCUGUGACUUCCAAGUCGACGCUUGCUGCGAAAACAAAUUUGGCGCACUCAUCAUCAUCAGCAUUUUCCUCCUUAACAGCACCAGCAGCAGCAACACCAACACCAGCAGCAGCAGCGUCCGCAUCCUCAGCGGCCGCCGCGCGCUUCAAGCAUGCAUCCGCUUUGUCGCUUCUGCCGAUCCCUGGCAUUUCUACCGCUGCGUCACCCAGCAAGGACGCGAGUGGCGACAAGGCCAAAGGGGCAGCGGUGGCGGUGGCAGGGGCAGGGAGAGGGGGAGAAGCAGGUGCAGGAGGGCAAAGCAAGAGCAAAACGCAGCAGCCCUCUCCGUCGGCGGUGGCGGAGCAGGGUCGCGAACACCCCGAGCAGGACAUUGUGGAACUGCAGCCGCUGUCGAGAGUCACCGCUAUCUUGGCGCUUGCACCGCUGCCGCUGUUGGAUCCGACGACCAGCAAGCAUAUCCGGCCGCUCGUCAAUGGCAGCGAGGCGCCACCCGCAGCCCAGGCACUGCUGCAGGCUGCUGGCGCGCGCGACGCAAAAAGCGGCAGGCACAGCGCUGACGAGGCUGAGUGCCAGCUCCGCAUCGCGCAGGCUGCAGCGCACGAUGCAAAGCUCCCGCAGACGCCGCCGGUCACUAACGGCGCCGGGUCUGCUUCAAGGUCCGAUGUAGGCUUCGGGCCGGGUGGGGGUGUAGGCACAGCACUGCCGCCGCCUUCGAUUGGGUCACCAGCAUCUUCAGCAACAGCAGUAUCGGCAGCAGGCGCGGUAGACUCGAGCGCCGCGGCGCACUCGAAGUACAAUGCACCGCUCUCGAAAAGAGCUGAGACUGCGCCGGAGCUUGAUGACGUCGAGCUCAAGCGCGAGGACGAAUGUGUCGUCACUGUCGCGCCCGCCGCGAAGGAGGAUGCGGGCACGGGUGCAGGCGUGGGCGCAAGUGCUGAAGCAGAGACUGAGGCACUCGAAGCCGAAGCGCUGCUCGUACCUUGCACAGCGCUAGCAACAGCAAGUGCGAUUACGGCACCGCCGGCAACGACAAGCGAUCAGUUUGUCCCCGCUUCUAAUUCGCAACCGACCGCUAAUUUGACCACAGCGGUAUCGUCUGCAUCGUCCGCGGCGCCAGUACCCGCACCAGCAUCAGCAAAAGCACAAGUACCAGCACAGCCGCCGGACGCGCCGAGAGGCCAGAAGCGCAAGGCCGAGACGGACGCCCAAUUGCCAGCGCAGCCUGGCGCCGUGGUCCAUAAGGCUGCUGCAGAUCCAGAUGUGCCGUUGCCAUCUUCAUCGUCAACCUCUUCUGCUCCAGGUCAAACGUCGGCAUCCAUGUCGCCAGGGACUGCACCAGCGCCAGCAGCCGCCAUCCGCCCGAAACGGCGAACGUCCAUCUCACAGGAACGCGACGCAGUGUCAGGCUCCACUCAUGCGGCCGGCGCGCUUGCGUCCUCGUCAUCAGCGUUAGUGGCGAGCCCAAUGCCGGCACCAGAAACACGCUCUGCGCCUGCCUUAGCCCCUGGACUCGCACCAGCGUCGGCAGGAUAUGCCGUUUCUGAGGGGCGCCGGACGAGAUCAACGCGCAGCACCGCGGCUUCAUCGCUGGCGUCGGCUCCAGGCGCUGUGCCAGCUGCACCUCUCUCAUCGGCCACAGCAGCCACAGGGACGGCAGCGUCCGCAUCGGCGAUAGUGCAAGGGCAUGUGCAGUCAGGUCGGCGCUUAUCGACACGCCUUGUGCGCGAGGUCCCUGCGCGCAACGCCAAGCUCGAGCCGAAACCGGCGGUGCCGGCCGCUGCACCGGCUGCUGCUGCUGCAGCCGGUAUCGUGAGCACGGGAGCGGGGCAUUCAGUGGACAAGUUCAAGCCGGCGAAGAAGCACAAGUUGCAAGUGCAAGAGAAGGACAGGCUGAAGGAAAUGGAGAUGGAGAAAGAAGCGGAGAAGCCAAAGCUGAAGGUUAAGAUGGUGUCGGCUGCCAAGGAGUCAGCGGCCACUGCUUUGCCCGUUGCUUCAUCGACUGAGCAUACCUCGGCGGCACAGAGCGACAAGCCAUGUGAUAUAGACAGUACUGGUACGGGUAGGAAGAAGCGAAAACUCAGCCAAGUUAUGCAUCCUUCACUUGCGCUUGUGCAGAGCUCUGUCGCAGCAAGCAGUCCACUUGCCUCCGUGGGGGCAGUCACAAAUGCGCUGGCAAAUGAGCAGCAGGCGGCUGGCGCGCUGGCCGGGGGCACGCCUCGCAUCCGUCUACGCCUAUUGAUCGCACGCGAUGAUAAGCAUGCCGCCAAUGGCCUCGACAUCGACGCUGGCGGCUCGAUCAAGCGGCGCAAGACAGAUUCGUUCUCCACCGUCGCGCGCAAGGCGGACGAUCCGCCACCGCUGCUGUCGCGCACGACGUAUUCGGGCAAUGAGCUGCGCAAGUCUCUGACGAGCCCCAAGCACUUCAAACCGCGCAACGAGGCGGAAGCAAUCAUGUGGCGCACACCGACGAGCUGGCAUAAAGGCGGCAAGAAGCAGAAACAGCAGCCACCGUCGCCUGGCAAAACGCAUUUGCCAAGCAACAACAGCAGCGCAAGCGGGGACAGCGACGGGGCGGGCAGCCCGAGGGCUGUGGCUGCUAUAGCGCUUGCACGCGUUCCUGCCUCUACGCCGCGCGUCAUGGCGCUGAGCCGCGAGACCAUCUCGCCGCCAGCUACGUCGCUUGUCGCAGAGGACGUCCGCGCUGAGCAGGAAGGUGACGCGGAAGAGGAGGAGGAGGGCGAUUUCCACAAGAUCAUGCUCCUCGAUGGUGCAGCAUUCCGCGUGGAUGGCUCGCAACAGCAGCAGCAACCACAGACACUGCCAGGAGAGCAGCAAGAGCAAGAACAGCAAAAACAGUUCGCUGUUGUUAAGCAAGAGGGAGAGCCAACUCCACCCGUGUCCAGCUCUCGCCUCGUUUCUGUCUCCGCAAGCACCUCGCAGCGCGCCUCGCGCCGCAACUCUGUGUCUGAAGAAGAGCACCCCGCCAACCAAGAGGGCAGCUCGGGCAGCGACGGCAGCCAUCAUAGCGAACAGGGCGAUGCAGAACGUGAGAACGCAGACGAUACGCCAGCCACGACUCCGCGCACGAACGUGUCCAGCUGCGAGCUCCCUCCCAUCGCAGACGAAGUCGGCCCGCACAGCAGCACGGACCAAAGCGCGAAGGAAGAAGGGGAAGACGGUAAGGAUUCUUCUAUCAUGCGGCAACCGCGUGACACGGUCUUUUGCCAUGCGCUGCCACUUGCGCGUCGCCGCAUCGACCAGCAUGCCGGCCAGGUGACCUUGUCGCUACCGUUCGAGGAGACGCAGUCACAGUCCGAACUUGCUGCUAUCCUCCGUGCGCACGACGCGGAAGAGGAAAGGACGCUGCUCGCCAACAGUCCGCAAAAUCCAGCCAAGCUCAUCGUUGGGCCCCAGCCCUUUUCGGAAGGGCGGACGAUGCGACGCGUGCUGAGUUCAGGCUCGAACGUGGGCAGUGUCUUCCCUGGCAGCGACGAAAUGAUGCCGCGCUCGCUCCUCCGUAUGGCCCUUGCGCACCAGCAGAUUCACCACCUGCGGCACCCACAGGACGAGAUCUUGCUCGCCAGCCCGUCGGAUGCAUUGCGCGCAAAGGCCCUGAGUAACGACGAAGAGGUCGAUCACAUGGAGCUCGACAACGCUGAUAGCGCAGAAGGCGCUACAGUGGCAGCUACCACUACAGCUCCUGUCGACGCGGAACACGACGGCAGCGCACCAGCAGGCACGUGGAUGGACUCGCCACUCUCCGCUCGUGACUCGCAGGGUGGCGAUGCGGAAGAUGAAGCGGUCGUUGCGGAGGAAGCGCAGGUUUUCGAAGGCCAGACGGCGCUUUCUGAGCUCGACUUGAUGUGGGAUGACGAGCGGCCUCCUUGCAGUGCCGAAGCCGACUUUGACACGGAUGCUGCCAUGGGCGCUGAGCAAAAAGAUCCCAAGGGCAAAGGAGCGGAUGGCGCGUUCCAUCAUGACCAAUUCUACGAUGAAGAGGAGGAGGAGGAGGAGGAAGAUUACGUCGAGCUCCUCGGACGACCUCGCCUUCGCUCUUCUCCCUAUCCGCCGAACGGCUCUGCAUCGCCUCGUUCUGAGAUGCUGGAAGCGAACCAGCGUGAGGCUGAGCGCGAACGCCUUGCUGAGGAUGGUGUCGAUGCGAGCAAGACGCUGCAUCCCGGGCGCUCCGCGACACCGCCAGCAGAAGAUGGCGGUCUAGACGCGUUGACUGCCGGCAAGCACCUACCCAAGUCUCCCGCAACGCGUAACAUGAGAGGCAAGAAGGCACCGGCAGCCACAGCCACAGGCAGUCCCAAGCGCGCAACCUCGACGAUAGUCAGGCUGGCCGCGGCCGCCAGCGCUCUGCCAUCCCUGCCGCGGUCAACACGCACAACCUCAGCCGUCACCGCUGCCACCCCGACUCGCAGCAGCGCGCGCAGGCGACGCUAG